CUCCGGUUUAUAAAUUGAUGAUGCUCCCUAGGUAAAUCUACAAGGGGAAAGGUAAAAUAGUUUGGUUAACUGUAGAUGUUUCCUGCCCUGUAGCCGGACAGCCGCUUCGUUUCACAUCCUGACAGUCAUAGGGUUAGGCUUGGUCUAUUCCAGAAUGCACCUCUUAGCUGAUCACUGACUUCGUAGUUGUUUACCUUUGUUUUAAGAUGAGGAGGUUGUUCCAAGCCCUGGGAGUCUGAAUUUCACUUGAACUGGUUGGAGCGUGUCUGUCAACAGAACUGUGGUUUUUAUUUUUGUUUGAAUUUGGGGUAUGUGUGUCUCGGUUCUUAGUUCGUAAUCAGCAUGUGUGGACAGGUCAGAGAUGCAGCGUAGCAGGGUGAGGUGGCCCAGGUUUGGUUCUGAAAGUAAGGUAUGCGUUGCCCCAAGUGCUUUUCUUCCAGAUGCUACUCCACUGCAGCUGUACAACAAAGCAGGAAAGAUCUUGCUUUCCGAGAAGAAGAACAUCUUAUUCCUACUAUUGUUGAAAACAACUUUUGCUUCUUCAAAUGCAAGGAUGUUUAAUGGAUCAGAAAACAGUCUUUUUAGCCCAGAACCUGGAAUUAACAGCUGUUAAAUACCAGCAAGAAUAGUUUAACAAACUAAAGACUCCAGUGCUUGUGCUGGCAUCUACACUUGGAAAGCGUGAUACGUACAAGUCUGGACAAUUGCAGAAGUUAGCUGGGAAUGCCGGUUGCCUGCCUCUUCAGCACAGCUACCCGUGGUAGCUGAAACGUUUGUAGAAGACGCAGCGGAGAAAAUCCUGUUGUCUGUUCUGCUUGGGAGAGAUGGAGCGAGCAAAACCUAGCUCAACACCAGAAGCUGAGAGACAACCAGAUGGCAACAACGAAUGCCUGCUGACCUUGUUUCCUUUUUCACACCAACUUCUUUAAAUCAGACACACAUCCACACCGAAGUGAUUUGUUUUCCUUGCUAUUUCACAUUAGAUCGUUGCACAGUUCUCGUGUGAUUUGAUGGUAUAAUUGGUAUUUUGACACUUAAUAGAACUAAUAUGGUGAUAGUAUGAUAAAUAUAAUUUCCACGCUGAAUAAUUAAAAUGCAACCAUUUGGCAUUCCUGCUAUGAAUGUUGAGUAUCUUAACUGCUUCAUCAGUAAAGCUUCUGAAGUAAUUGUCACUGAGCUCUGCUUAAUUUAAUCCAGAUGUUUAGAAACUAGUGGUGGGGAAACAGACCUCUGGAUUAUCUAAUUGAAUCCUAGCCUGGGUGGGUAGUUACUCAGUUUUAUCUUAGUGAGUACCUACUUGAUAGCCUGUGUUGAUUUUAACCUAUUCCAUAGCGAAUAAGUCUCUUGAAAAAAUAAAAGACAGAAAAAGCACAAAUAGCACAGGGCUGAAAAGGAAAGAAAAAGGAGUGAUGACAAUACUGUACUGUUUCUACCUGUUUUAUAGCUAUUGCUGGUAAAUAAGGGUUUUCUUUCAAUCUUUGGCUGUCAGCUGUGUAGUUCUUACCAGUGCUGAAAACUCACUUAAAAUCUGGUAUUCCUGAUAACCCAUUAGCCCCCGUUGAGCUUGGUCACUGUUCGGUCAGAAAGUGUAGAAAACAUUGCUAAUGGGUUUAUUAGAUGGUUGGAUUUAUUUGUAGGUGCCUGAGAAUAUCAAAGACAAGAACUGAGGUUCUUAGGAAGCUCUAGGGAUAGAGCUAGUUCAUAUUAAUGUGUGCUCGGAGGUGACACAAGAAUGCAUUCCUCCCGCUUUGAUAAGAAUGCCAGCUUUGUUCAUCAUGGACGACCUGAGCCUCUGGACCUUCAUCUGGGCAUGUUCCUCCCCACCCUUCUCACCCAGGCAACCCCAGAGCAGCAGGAUCGCUUCUUCAUGCCUGCCUGGAACCUGGAGAUCAUUGGCACUUACGCCCAGACUGAAAUGGGCCAUGGAACUCAUCUCCGGGGUCUAGAAACUACAGCUACUUACGACCCUGCUACCCAGGAGUUCAUCCUCAACAGCCCCACUGUGACCUCCAUUAAGUGGUGGCCAGGUGGACUUGGAAAGACGUCGAACCAUGCCAUCGUUCUGGCUCAGCUCUACACUCAGGGCCAGUGCAAAGGGCUGCAUGCCUUUAUUGUUCCCAUACGGCAGCUGGGCACCCACGAGCCUUUGCCAGGUAUUACGGUGGGUGACAUUGGGCCGAAAUUUGGUUAUGAUGAAAUGGAUAAUGGCUACCUGAAAAUGGACAACUUCAGAAUUCCUCGGGAAAACAUGCUGAUGAAAUACGCCCAGGUUGAACCAGAUGGCACCUACGUGAAACCGCUUAGUGACAAGCUAACCUACGGGACCAUGGUGUUCAUCCGCUCUCUCAUUGUAGGCGAUGCAGCUCGCUCCCUGUCCCAGGCUUGUACCAUUGCCAUCCGCUAUAGUGCAGUGAGACACCAGUCUGAGCUAAAGCCAGGGGAACCAGAACCCCAGAUCUUGGAUUAUCAGACCCAACAAUACAAACUCUUUCCUCUCCUGGCAACGGCAUAUGCCUUUCACUUUGUGGGAGCCUACAUGAAAGACACCUAUCGGCGUAUUAGUGGAGACAUCAAUGAAGGGGACCUGAGUGGGCUGCCAGAGCUCCAUGCACUGACAGCAGGGCUGAAGGCGUUCACUUCCUGGACUGCCAGUGCUGGUAUUGAGGAAUGUCGGAUGGCGUGUGGUGGGCAUGGCUACUCCCGCUGCAGUGGCAUUCCUGACAUCUACGUCACAUUCACCCCAUCCUGCACCUAUGAGGGCGAAAACACGGUCAUGAUGCUGCAGACAGCUAGGUUUCUUGUCAAAAGCUACAACCAAGUUAGUUCUGGGCAGCGGGUUACUGGCAUGGUGUCCUACCUUAACGAUCUCUCCAGGCAACGCAUUCAGCCACAGCAAGUGGCUGCUAGGACUGUGACUGUGCGGAUCAACGAUCCACAGAGCUUGGUAGAGGCCUACAAAGCACGUGCUGCCUGGUUUGUAGAAGCUGCAGCAAAGAAUUUGCAAGCUGAACUGAACCACAGAAAGAGCAAGGAGGAUGCCUGGAACAGAACUUCUGUUGAUCUUGUGCGAGCAUCUGAGGCACACUGUCACUAUGUGAUAGUGAAGCUUUUCACAGCGAAGCUGCCCGAGAUCAGUAAUGCAGCUGUCCGUGCUGUCAUGACGGAGCUGUGUCUCCUGUAUGCACUGUAUGGGAUCAGUAAGAACACAGGGGAUUUCUUGCAGGCGGGCAUUCUGACCAAUGCCCAAAUUACUCAAGUGAACCAGCGUGUGAAAGAGCUCUUAGCCAUAAUUCGUCCCAACGCAGUAGCGCUGGUAGACUCCUUUGACUUCCAUGACGUUCAUCUUGGAUCUGUGCUUGGCCGGUAUGAUGGCAAUGUCUACGAGAACAUGUUUGAGUGGGCAAAAAAAUCCCCACUGAACAAUACGGAGGUUCAUGAGUCUUUCCACAAACACCUGAAGCCGAUGCAAGCCAAGCUGUGACACCUGCUGGUUUUUUAAAAUGCACACUUUUCCUGCCCUGAGAACGGGGUGUUUGCAUCCUUUCUUCAGGCACCUAAAUCAAACCUUUCAAAUCCUGGUAGCUGUAGGACAGUGAAUAAUUGUAGCUUUUCUUUCCACUUUUAUAAAUCAAGGAGGUGUCUGGGGAGAGUGCGUAGGGAUUGAAGCCUGUUUUUAAAGUGCAAUUAUAAUGGUAAAAUUAACCUUUUAAAAAUCUGGGAAAGCUUUAUGGAUUCAUACAAGGAUUGCUUUUGUGAAGCUGCUAACUAGAGAGAAGUUACUGUCAACAGGAAAGGUAGCAGGAUUUUACUACUAAGUAGUUAACAGCCCUCAGGCAAUAGCUUCUAACGAGCAGUUAUGUCCUUCUCCCAAAAAAGCAUCAAUGUCCUGACUUUUUUUUUUUUUUAAAGAUUAGCACCACCUCUCUCCUUGUUUGGCAGAUAUUUGUGCUGUCUGCACCCUCCUGCAUAGUUUUGUGCAGAUGAAUCUGCCUGUGGCACUGCUUUCCUGAUGUAGCUGGGAAGUAAAUACCCAUCGAUCUCUGGAGCUCUGCUUCAUUCGUCUUUCCAGAAGUCAUCUUCAUGUGUUCCCGAUACAUCCCUCUUCCACUGCCCUGCAGCGUCUCCUCUGCCGUCUCCAGCACUGGCACCGUAACCCUUUGUUGAUAGGAAGUCAAAGCAGAACAUAGCGAUGCUGCUCUGAGGAAAAAAACAAGUAGUAAGGAUCAGCUAGGAGCUGGUGAUCGAUGUUCUGCCUUUCUUUUAACUGUUGGUGCUUUUGUAGCACUAUCUUAAAGCACUUUACAAAUGUUAAUUAUGGUGGUUUGAUGUGAAGAACUGCACGUAGUGGUAGAAACUGCAAAUUUGACCUGGAAUGGUGAAGCCAGUAUUUGAGGGCAGAAAUCAGUUGAUCCAAGGUCCUUGAGUCUUCAGAUUGUUCUGGGAUGUUCUUCUGGUUUUAAAGGCAUUCUUCAAGAAAAUGACAAUCCCAAGUGAAGUGUCCAGAUUUUUUUCCCUACUCAUGCAUUUCCAAGGAGCUUUCUCUGAUUUGCUUCCUUUUGUUUUUAUUUUGAUGUGGGACUUGCACAGUACUGUCUGCAUUAACAGGUGAAAGAUUUAGCUUUUAACAGAACCUCCCGAUGCUCAGUGAAAUCAGUGCAACUGCAACUAAGCAAAAUCAUUGCUGUUUUACAACACAGAUAACUGUCCAGUAACAAUAAAACCUCUCUCCAUAACAGAUAAGAGCAACUUUCAGCUUAAAAUACUAAAAAGCUUCAGCAUAAACCUGAAUCCUGCAGUUCUGAGGUGACACCUGAGAAGCUCUUUCUCUGACAGCUUUGGUGUGAGACUAAUUUUGGAUCAGUUUUGGAGUUUUCAUGGAGGAGUUUUUCCCGGCACUAACAAUGACCAGACGCAAUGUUUGGCUCCACACGCAGUAGCUGAACAGAAAGAAAUGAUUAAUUUUAAAUAAAAUAAUCAAACUUGCCUUUUGGCUGCUGGGUCUUUCAGGUCGAAAUGGAACCGCUGCUGUUCAGGCUACCAAAGGAGGCGAAGGGCUUUGCCUUCCCUUUAUUCAGUCGAGCAGACUGCUGACCUGGGCAGGGAUGAUGGAGGAGCAGGUUACAAAUGUGUUAAUGAGAGCAGUACUAGCUAACUGUGUACAGAUUUAAUAAAUUACAAAAAUGUGUUUUCUGACAAAA